AAAAGGCACAACAAAAGAGAAGGCAUAUUGAAGUGGUGUUCACAGGUGCUUGUUGCUUCACGCUGUCAAGUUCUCUUAAGGACAGGAAGUGAUGCUUCGUUUGGUCUUAUUCGCUUUGUUCAUUGGUCUCUGUGCCAGUGCUGGAGAACAGAAGCACAGGAAAACGAAGAAUGAGUCUUUAGCAAGAGGAUGGGGAUUAAAUAUUCGCUGGGUGAAAAAUUAUGAAGAAGGUCUUUUCAAUGCAGGUCUAAGUGUGAAGCCUCUGAUGGUCAUCCAUCAUCAUCUGAACUGCCCGCACAGUCAAGCACUGAAGAAGGCUUUCGCUGCUGAUAAGACCAUCCAGAAAAUGGCCAAAGAGGAUUUCAUCAUGCUCAAUCUGCUGGUAGAGACUGAGGACACGAAUUUGGCCCCUGAUGGCCAGUAUGUUCCCAGGAUCCUCUUUAUUGAUCCAUCUCUGACAGUGCGCACCAACAUUGUAGGAAGGUACAGAAACCUCGCCUACGCCUACGAGCCUGGAGACAUGAAAGUCUUGGCUGAAAACAUGAGGAAAGCCAAAAAGUUGGUGCCGCACACUGAACUCUAACAGCUUCUCCAUCCUCCAGUCAUACUGGCAAACUGCUCAGGGGUCAGCACUGACACGUUUACAUGCUCUUCAGAGCACAAUAAAACUAAAGUAACAACAAAUA